CACAUGAUCAAAUACAACAAAACAUUAGGAGGAAGAAGGAAAUGUCAGAUGUAGAUCUUGUUCGUAUAUUACAAAUUAUGGUCGCGUUUGAAUUAUUUUGAAUACCUCAUAUGGAUUAUUGAAGAAGUAAAGUUGUAAGUAAUAGAGGCGUUAGAUCAUGUCGUCGUCGGACUCGCCCCUAUCAGGGGUGAACGUAGUGCUUGUGAUGGCCUACGGCAGCCUGGUGUUUGUGUUGCUGUUCAUAUUCGUGAAAAGACAGAUUAUGCGCUUUGCCAUGAAGUCUCGCCGAGGACCGCACGUGCCAUUGGGCCACAAUGCUCCUAAGAAAUUGAGGGAGGAGAUAGACUCACGUCUGUCCAAGGUAAACGACAUCCGCUUCGAACCACGACUCCUGUCAGCGGAAGACGACCGUCUCACACAGAGGGGACAAAGUGGUUGUUAUAAUUACCUAUAUCGAAUGAAAGCAUUAGAUGCCAUCAGAGACACUGACUUGCCAUUCCAUGAGCUGGGCUACAGCUCUAGUGCAUUGACGGGAAGGAAGUACCGUAACUGGCUGAUUGAACUGCGUAACUCCCACUCCCUGUUCAAAACCACACGCAGCGGCCUCAUCGACAGACUACUGGAGGGAUAUGACGGCGCACGACACGGCACAGGGGUCUUCGGAGAAGCAGAAUUUGUGAAAUACCAGGAUGCUUUGAAUGAACUAGCCACAGUGGUGAAGACCCACUCCAGCUCCUCCAGUCUGAACCAGCAGCACCAGUCGGCUGCUAAGGACCUGACCAGCUCUCCCGGCCCGUCCUCUGCCUCCACCAUCCAGGUCACCUACCUGCCCGCCUCGGGGCCGCGCAGCAAGAGGCCCAAGCACUUCCUGGAGCUCAAGAACUUCAAAGACAACUACAACACACUGGAGAGCACACUUUGAUGUCACAGGCUAGAGUGAGUGUUAUUGAGAGAGAAAGAGAGAACACGACAAACUGUAGAGCACUCUGAUACCACAGACUCACUAGAGUAAGUGUGUGUGUGUGUGUUUGAAAGAGUAGACCGGACUCAACCAGGCAAAUCUGGAGAAUAAAAAUCACUGGAAUGAAUAAAUCUUUUGUAGACUUGUGCGUAUCGACUGUGAAAAUCAGUGUCGAUGUAGAGUUUUUCACAUGGCACAAGCAGCCACAAUUGGAGCAUAGAUCCAUCCUACUGUACCAGUGUCUAGUCAUGAUAGGUGUUCUUAAGGAAGCGGGCUUGGGAGUGGCAUUCCUGUAGAUUUUCUUAAAUUCUCAGACGUGAAAAGCAUUCCCCAAAAUGGCACUCGGUGCGAUGUGACUUUUCUUUGUCUGUCACUCGGCACAACCAACAGGCAAGAUUAGAAGUUACCGGCAUAUGUGAUCCUCCUAACGCCAUUAUAAACAGAGUUGUUAGGAAGGCUUUUUUGAUCUUCUAUUGUGAUGAUGAAAAUGACUUUGCCUCAACUUUACAGAAAUACCAGUGCGUAAUAAACUUUCAUAGCCCUCCAACGCAUACUGUAUAUUUACAUGUCCUAUGUGACUGGAGCUGGCUUUUGUACUACUUCAGUAAUGGUGAACUCUUGUCACUUAAGAGUCUCCAGUUGGACUAUGGCAGUGUGUGUUGUCAUGUCAAUUGAGAUGUGGUAGAAUUCUUAGUCCUGCAUAGAACAGAACUGAAAUCCCGACAUUCACAACAGACCAAUCACAAUUGGGACUUAAACAAUGGGUAUGAUCUUUUUCAUAGCAGGCAAUAACUAGGUUACUGAAAUAGUCACCAAAAUAAGGUUGCUGUUGUAGUUUGGCCUGUGUUGCUGAAGAGAGGGCUUGAUCGAAAUGGACUGGCUUGCGCUCUGCAGUUGAAAUAGUGACUUUGGACCAAAAAAAUGUUAUUAAAUGAUAUUCAGGUAAGAUGGUUCAGAUUCUCCUUUCAAAGUCUAUAGAAUGCAUAUUAAACAGGCAGGUGAUCACAAACAAGCCCAUAGCUGAGCUCCUGUGGGAACAUAUGAAAUCCCAUGAGCAUCUUUAGUUUGCGUUGUGGCUCACCAUCAACAUGAUGCAUGAUACAAAAUACUUUCAUGUUUAUAUUUGAAAAUCUGAACUGUGUGUAUUACUGUACCUAUGAUUUUAAAGUGCACUUUUAUUCUGUUUUACUGAUUUUCUACCAAUUAAUUUAUAGUUGAAUGUUUAAAGUGUAGAGAAAAUGAGCGUGUGUGUGUGUGUGUGUGUGUGUGUGUGUGUGUGUGUGUGCGUGUGUGUGUGUGUGCGUGCGCAUGCGUGUGUGCGUGAGUGUGUGUGAGAGAGUGUGCAAGCACACACCUGUUAAUGUACUUGGGACAUCAACAGACAGGGGUCUUUUUUGCAGUGUGAUCAGGCAUACAGUAUGUCAUCCUCUUGUGUACUGCAUUGUAUACAUGUGAUAAACCUGCAGGGCUGUCCCUGUGCGUUCUACCUUGAAUGUAAUGUCAGUCACCGCCUCAUGGGUUUGGUCUGAACCAUAAAAUUCUCACUCUGAACUGAAA